CUAGGUGAAAUUUUAAACUGAACCUGAUACCGUAAUCCGUGUUCAAACAUGGCCGCGCCUGACGACAGUAGCACGAGUUCACCAGACGAGGUUUUCGACGGAUUUUACAAAGAGGUGAAAGAGAUAGAAAAACGUGAUUCAGUCCUCACUCCAAAGCAGCAGAUCGACCGACUGCUGCGUCCCGGUUCCACCUACUUCAACCUUAACCCGUUCGAAGUCCUCCAAGUGGAACCUGAAUCGCCAUGGGAAGAAAUCAAGAAAAAGUACCGACGA